AUCGUGAGUUAAUCCGGCAAGUAAAUGGACUCGCUAGCUAUUGUUGUUUUGCUAGAACAGUCGAUGAUUGACGCUCUUCGUUUAUCCAAAGUACGACUUAAAAUGGGUAAAAAAUCUUAAAUGAUCGCCAAGAAACAUCACUGUUUUGUCGAGCGAGCGUUUUUCUGAGAGUGGUGGAUUGUCGGAAAUGUAGUUUUAUGUAUGAAAUUCCCGUUAUUGUAAUGGAGUCACUUCCGGUACCGCUGAUGAUGAUGUAAUUGUGCGUUCUUCAUGUGUUCCGCGCGCGCUCCACGUGGAAAGAUGCUUUCCGAAGAACAGAAAAAGAAAAUGGAUUAAAAAUAAACAUCCACGCAGUCUCAUCUUAAACUGAUGCAACAGAACGACCCGGUGCAGGAUGAGUUCAGCUCGAGCAUUAAUACAUCAUCAUCAUCAUCAUCUCUGCACACUCCAUUAGAUACCGGAAGCUGAUUCGCUGCAGGAGUACCUGGUUGCCAUGGUGAUGUCUCCUCACCCCGCUGUGCAGGCUGUUAUAGACCUGUCUGCUGGAGCCGUAGGUGGGAUGGUGUGUGUGUUGAGUGGACAGUCUUUGGACACAGUGAAGGUGAAGAUGCAGUUGUUUCCGUCUCUCUAUCGGGGUUUUCUGCACUGUUUGGUCUCCACCUACAGACAGGUGGGUAUCAGGGGGCUGUACCAGGGGACCACGCCCGCUCUGAUGGCCAACAUGGGCGAGAACGCUGUGCUCUUCAUGUGCUACGGCUUCUGCCAGGAUAUGGUGCAGCGAGUGUGUGGCCUGGACAGAAACGCUGCCCUCAGUGAUGUACAGAAGGCGUGUGCUGGCUCUGUAGCCUCCUUCUUUUCCUCCUUUGUUUUGUGCCCUACGGAGUUAGUGAAGUGCAGACUGCAGGCGAUGAGUGAGAUGGCCGCCUCGGGGAAGAUCACCUCCGCUCCCACCUCAGUGUGGUCAGUAAUAAAGUCCGUCAUGAAGGCUGAGGGUCCUUCUGGAUUUUUUCAGGGUCUUACUCCCACCAUCGCCAGAGAGGUGCCGGGGUACUUCUGCUUCUUCGGGGCAUAUGAACUCUGUCGCUCCAUCUUCUCCACACACCUGCAGCGCAGCAAAGACGACAUCGGCGUUGUCCCCACUGUGCUGAGUGGCGGUGUGGGCGGAGCAUGUCUCUGGUUGGUGAUUUAUCCCAUGGACUGUGUGAAGUCGAGGAUUCAGGUGAUGUCUAUGACACAAAGUCAGGCCGGAUUUUACAAAACCUUCACACACAUCUUCAGGACUGAAGGUGUGAGAGCUCUAUAUUCAGGUCUCACUCCUACCAUGAUCCGGACGUUUCCAGCGAACGGUGCUCUCUUCCUGGGUUAUGAAGCGAGCCGCAAACUGAUGAUGUCACAGUUCAACAGCUGAUCUGCUGCUCUUCUGCACACACCCACAAACAGAGCUUUAUUUAUUGUAUAGCUGCUUUCAUUACUCCGUGAUUAAACACUAAUCUGAGUGGUUACAGUAUUGACACUAGUUUUAAUGAUUAUAUCUGUUUAUAUUUCCGUACCUCAGUGUUAGCAGCUACAGAGCUCCUACUAAUCCAGACUAAUACACUGUGGAGUUUAUUUUUAUUUCUGCUCCCUCUGUUAUUGCUGCUUUUGCUCCAGAAAGUUUAGUCUACCUCAGAGGCCAUGUCCCAUAAGUGUUACUUCUAGAGAGUGUGUAGUGUUUUUGAGGCCUUGGUGCUGCAGGGUGUUGACCGGGCCGGUGUGAUGUGUGCAGCUUUUUCUACUUCCAUAAUGAUGAGGAAUAAUAAUGAGGAAUAUAAACCCGACUGCUCACGGCCGUGUUUCCCCAAAAACCACCGCUUCACAAAGUUCACUGUUAAACAGUAGAGCGAGCAUCACACAGAACACUCGCUCUCCCAGUUCAUAUGAUUUUAACCUUGCAGUAGUUUUGGGGAAAACGGCCUCCUACUGUUACCCAUUAAUAAAGUGUUUCACGUUUUACAGAAACGCAGCCGCAAAGCUGUGAAGUUUUUAAAACAUUUUAUUGUUCUAUUUGACGUGCCAUAACACUAAAGGAAGGAAACGUUUGCACAUUUUUUAACGAGUGAAGUGUUGUUUUUGUGUGAGAAUAAAUCACAUCCUUUCAAAAUGUGGUGUUUGUAUUUAAAUGGACUCACAGUAGGGCUUCAUUUGUGUCUAAAUGUCUAAAAAAAAAGAAAAAAAAAAAGCCUAUUUCUGACUUACAAGAUAAAAAAAAAUCUAUGAAUCUCAAAAAUACAGAAACAGGGCUAUAGUGUUUCUUUCAGUAGCUAACAUGCUAACGCUGAAUAGCAAAUAAAUCCGAUAUUUACACAAAAAAACAUAACUAGUGUGAAAAUGUGAGCUCCUGUAGUUUACUUACACUUAAUAAAAGAUGCCUCUUUGUCCAAAUCAUACUUU